AUGGGGAUUUUAGACUCUCUCUCUCCUCCAAAACCAAUUUUUUCCCCAAAUUCGAGACAAGCCCACCUCUUUACACCUACUCCUUCCCCCAAAUUUCGCGUAUUUGCUGCCAAAAAAUGUAAUCUUACUACAGCACCAAAAAAAUCAGUUUCUACAGAGUCAAACCAGAGCUCAAAAGCCAUAAACAUUUUGAUAGGAGCUGCUGGAAUUACGAUAAUAUCCCUCGUGGGACCCACCCACGCUGCUGAGUCUUCUUCUUUGUUUCUCAACGAACCCUCCAACGCUCUCUCCCUCCCCACCUGGGCUGUUCAUGUUUCCAGCGUUGUCGAAUGGGCAACUGCGAUGGGUUUGGUGUGGCAGUAUGGGGAGAAAUCUGGUUAUGAAUCUUGGAAAGGUCUCUCUUGGGGAAUGGUGCCUCUGCUAGGUGGAGCGCUUUGUGCAUGUACGUGGCAUUUCUUUUACAACUCCGAGUCUCUUGAGGUACGUAUCGUAAUUGUUGCAGCUUUGACUUUAAUCGGGAAUGCAACAAUGUGUAUUGCUGCCUACCGCAUCUACGUUUCUUCACAGAAACGCUCCGAGAACUCGUGAAGUAUUUCUUAUAUAUAU